AUGGCGUGGCCCUGCAUCAGCCGUCUCUGCUGCCUGGCGCGGCGCUGGAACCAGCUGGACCGCUCCGACGUGGCAGUGCCGCUGACCCUGCACAGCUACUCGGACCUCGAGAGCGAGGAGCCGGGCCCAGGCGGCGCCGCUUGCCGCAGGGGCCCGUCCCCUGCAGGCGCCCGGGACCCCGGCCGGGACGUGCCGCUCACUCAGUACCAGCGGGACUUCGGCGUGUGGACGGCUCCCGCGGGGCCCAGAGAUGCUCCGCAGGGGCGCGGGUCGGGUGCGGGCGGCCGCAGGAACAAGCCCCCCGCGGCCCCUGGCCGGGGUGUCUACGUGCUCCCCAUUGGCGACGCGGACUCGGCUGCGGUGACCACGUCUUACAGACAGGAGUUCCAGGCCUGGACCGGAGUAAAGCCGCCGAGAUCCGCAAAGGCAAGACCCACCACAGUCCUCACAACCCACAGCUCCAGAUGGGACAGCAGCCCUGGGGGCAGCUUCCAGGCCCCUGAGGGGAGGAAGAAGUUCACCCCUAACCCAUCAGCCAUCUUUCAGGCUUCAGCUCCCCGGAUCCUCAAUGUAUGA